UGCUUCGAUCAGCUUAAAAAUCACAAUGACACGAUCGUACCAUUGGUUUGCAUUGAUCCCAGUGCUUCUCCUGUCGCUAAUGCUUCAACAAACGCUUGGUGAGUGGGAACGAAAUGCAGUAGCGAGCCCGAUUGUUGGCACAGCACGGGGUGCAUCUUCAACCACCCGUUCGGUCCCGCUGGACGGUGAUCGUGCGUCCCGGGUACGGGCACAGUUGGCCGGUGGGUUCAUCGACGAUGCAAUGGUGCAUAAAAACGGUGCAACGGAACGGCACGCUUACGUCGUUGGCCACCAGCGGACGAACGGUGCCGGAAGUGGACGGACGAAGCAGACAGCCGUCCAUGGGACGAGCGGACCGAUUCACACUUACAUAAAGACAGACAAAAAUGCCAACUUUAAGUGGGGUGUGCGGCACUUUGUCGGGGCAAAGUAUGCUCGCUGAGCGGGACUAAUGGUUGGAACCGUGGACGGAAGAGCGCCUGGAUGGGUAAUUUAAUAUGUUUAACGAUGUUUAUGUUUAAAAAACGAUGUAAUUUUAGUCUUAACU